UUUUGCAACUAAUUGUUAUCAAUUUAAAAUCAUUAAAAAUGGAUUGUGGAGGAAAAUUGAUAGUGUCAAUCGAUUCUACGGGAAAAAUGAAACAUAUAUGAAUUCCUUAAAUUAUUUAUAUUUUAUGCAAAAAAAUAAAUAAACUAUGUUAAUAAUUAAAACUCUAUUUUGCCCUCAUUGGUCAUUGGAAACAGAAAGAACGUAAAGAAAACAUUAGUGACAAAAAGCAAUUUAUAUUUCUGCAACUAGUUUGUUUAUAACAAUUAGUUGUAAAAUGGGUUUUUGCAACGUGCUUUUUAUGCCAAUAAUGUUUUUUUUUUCGUAUUUCGGUCCUAUUUCCAAUUAUUUUUUUUAGCUAUCUUUGCUGGUCUGGCCAUGGGCAGGAACGGAUUUUCAAUUAUCUAUAUAAUUUAUUUUUUUUGCAUUAACGUGAAUGAUUUAGGAAAGAGUCAUAUGUGUUUCUUUAGUAAUUUUUUUCCGUAAAAUCGAUUGGCGUAAUCAGUUUUCCUCCACAGUCAAUUUUUAGAAAAUUGCAUCAUUUUUCUAAACCCUGAAGGACAUCCUUUGUACUGUCGUCUUCGCGAAGCGGUGAAGAGUUUCCGAAGUGGAGGAACCAACCGGUCGUCGUCGCGCCUAAACACCGUUCGCUGUUCGUGACAGAUUGAACUUAUCUUGCCGGGCUUCAUCGCCAAGUAAAACAGCAGGAUGCAAACUUGACGUUUUCGUUGUCUCCCUGAUGCGAUUUACCGUGGAACGAUGGGUUUCUAAACACCCACAAUGAUGGUGGACUUUUAAAAGAGGUUUCCGGGAUUGUCCAGAGACGUGAGAUGAUUGGCAAACUUCUUCUGGCUCUUUGGAUAUUACGAUGGACCAGUUUUAUCGCAGAACCUGUUGUGGGACAGGUGCUCUCGUCCUUCGAAAGUGCGGACGAAAGGAACGACGCAGAAAUUUUUCGCGCGGUCGUCGAAUCAAUGAAGCAGUGGUCGCUUCACAGAAAGGCUAAUCAUAGAGUAAAAAGAGAAGUGUCCAAGGUUUGCUAUGAGGAUAUCGGGUGCUUUGAGGAUACCGGACCUUUCAGUUAUCUGGAGAUGCUACCGUCACCGCCAAAGGACGUCGGAACGAGAUUCCUCGUAUAUGGAAGUAGAAAAGCAAGAUCGAUCCCCAUGGAGGUGCCCGCCGACGACAUAAGCGACAAUGCCCACCGUGCCAUAGACCCCAAUCUCCCAACGAAAGUGAUCGUACAUGGAUUUGGGAGUGACUGCAACCAUUUAUGGGUUUACGAUAUGCGAUCGGCGUUAAUGAGCAUUCACGAUUGCAAUAUAGUCUGUGUGGAUUGGGGACCCGGUAGCGCAGUACCGAAUUACGUAAGGGCAGCGGCCAAUACACGAUUAGUUGGUCGUCAAUUGGCAAAAUUAAUCCGCAGCUUAAACGUACCGUUGGAAAGAGUGCACAUGAUAGGAUUCAGCCUGGGGGCCCACGUGGCCGGAUUCGCCGGUGCUGAGCUCGGAAAUGUAUCCAGAAUUACUGGAUUAGAUCCUGCAGGGCCACUUUUCGAGUCGCAGGAUCCCAGGGUUCGCCUGGACGCGACGGAUGCAAAUUUCGUCGACGUUAUUCACAGCAACGGCGAGCAGCUGCUCUUGGGUGGCCUCGGCUCCUGGCAGCCCAUGGGCGACGUGGAUUAUUAUCCGAACGGGGGAAAAAUGCAGAGCGGCUGCUCGAAUAUCUUCGUCGGUGCCGUCUCCGACAUUAUCUGGUCGAGCGCGGUCGAGGGCAGAUCGUUGUGCAACCAUCGGCGGGCGUACAAGUUCUUCACCGACUCCGUAAGCCCGAAAUGUCGAUUUCCUGCGUUUCCCUGCGACAACGGGUACGAGGGUCUGCUGAAGGGUGACUGUUUUCCCUGCGGCUCGAACAGCAUGAAUCGACCCUGCGGCGACAUGGGCUAUUACAGCAACGAGUCGCCUGCCAGGGGCCAGCUUUACCUGGUGACGAGAGACGAGGAGCCCUUCUGCGCUCAUCAGUACCAGAUCAAGGUGUAUAACAGUCGGAGCGAAAGAUCCGCCAGGAGCUACGGCAAGCUUCAGGUCACACUUGUGGGAAAAGGUUCUUAUAACGACACGUUCGCAAUGACUCGUAAGGACGAAGAACUUUUGGUAGGAGCCAUUCUUCAAAAAAUCGUCGUGCCACACCCUGCAGUUACUAAUCUCGAAGCAAUCGAAAUCAAAUAUACAGCGUAUAGCGGUUGGAUAUCGUCCGGUUUGGUGUCCUGGACUAUCGACAAGGUGGCCAUAAUCGACAGUUUCGGCAAGAUCCUGUCGGUUUGUAAAAAGGGCUUGAUACUAGAAUCCGGCCGAUCGGUCUACCUACCCCUUUAUCCCGGCGAAUGCAACAUACCCUUGGACACCGACAACUCUACCGUGCCUGCCGCGGUGCCGACGCUCGAGCGCGUGGCGAUGGAGGACAGGCAGGGCGGCAUAGGGCCAUUCACGAAGGAGCAAAACUACGAGACGAAGGAUCCCGAAUACUCCGUAGAGAUUCUGUCGACGGACAGACCAUCGCAGAGGCGAGGCCUCGGUCCGUUCACGAAGGAGCAGAAUCGGCGCGUCGCCGAGGUCGAGACGGCCCUCGAGGACGCGGAGAAGCGGCGCAACGUCGCGAACCCGUGGAUCAUCCUGGAUAUAUCCGGCGACGGCGACUCGAAUUCGCUAGAGAACGCCGAAUCGGAGCAAGGACGGAGCUUCUCCGGCACCGCGAACCUGAUCUAUCGCGCCUCGACGAUACCGGAACGUGUCGCCGAGGUCACCGUGACCACCGUCGCCACUACCACGGAGCUACUGUUACCAGAUAUCAAAGAACCGGUGCUGCGUCCGAGUAAGAAGGAUGCCGGCCGAUCGCUCAAGUUGCCCGAGAUCACAGAACCGAUCCUACGUCCGCGCGCUACUAGGCACAACACGCGGAAUGAGGUGGUGCCGCCGCAGCAGCAGCAGCAUCACGACAAGCAACGCGAUGAGAUACAGGAGACCUCGUCGACCUCUACAAGAGCGUUCACCGUGCAAUUUCUACCCGAGCGACUAGCCGGCAUUCUGGCGCAGGCGGAACGAUACGCUCGACAGACCCUGCUGCCCCUGAUCUCGCAAUACACGCCGAGCUUCGUGACCGGUAUACGGCAUGAAGAGCCCAAGUAUUUCCCUCUCUUGAGCGACAUAGUGCGGCCGAAAAGCGCUGAUAACACCGAGACUAACAGAACAACCAGUCGACAACGGAACAGCGAUCAAAUCUCGCGGGUGGUUAUCGGCCAGAGCAAGACUAACAGAUCGUUCAGCAUCGAAGACAAGCGUUAUGAGAAGUCUACAUUGAGCGUACAAACGGAGAACGACAAGAACAUGCCGAAAACCGAAGUGUCGCCAAUAAUAGUCGAGGCUGUGUAUCCGGAGAAAAUGGCAAGCGCUAAUUUCACCGGUGAAAAGAUGAAAACGGUGAGCGAGAAUAGCGAUUGGCAGCCGAUCGAUGAACCGACAACUCUCUUGAAGAACUCUCCGUCGCGAAGGGAUUCGAAUGUCUCGCGUUCACUGGACUGGUCGGUCGACAACAACCGUGACUGGACCUCGCGGAUGGUGAACGGAAAUACGGAAACUGAGGUCAAGCCUAAUGACGACUGGGUACCGAUUACGGUCAAGAACGACGUUUUUUCGACGACUGCACGAACUGCGACGUCGAGUGAAGAAACGCCAGCGACGAUGAUGAUAAAGAUCGAUACUGUCGACAAUUCAUGGAAAUCCGAAGGCAGUGUUUUCGACAAGACCAAAGAGGAAACCACGACCGUUGCAAACACAUACGAAAGAAAAUUCAUACCUCUGGUUAGCUUGGAUGCGACGACCAGUUCGUCCUUGUCAACCGAUGCUAACGACAUUUUGGGUUCCACGACGAUUGCCUCGCAUAUUCAGAAGAUUCCGCGAUACAAACCGACAAUAAAAAGUGCCAGGACAUUCAUAAACCCCACGAUGAUGUUCCCAUACGCUUAUGAGCGAAAAAAUGAUCCCAGAACGAGAUACAUACCGCUGAUUCCAGAAGAAGACAUGGGCAAAGCUUAUCCGAUAUCCGAGAGGGAUCGUUAACGUUACGUACGAUAAAGGAUUAAAAAAAAAGACUCAAAAGUUCUUUUUUUACAUUGAAAUGUUCGCGAGACGCAAACUUAUAUCUUUUAGAGUGUACUGUUUGACAUUAUAAUAUCAUAAUCGAAAAAUGAACUACAUAUUUUUUCGGCAAAAUUCAGAAUUUACUUUUAUAAAGAUAUACCUUUACUUAAUAUACCUAGAAAUGACAAUGUCAAUGACUAAGAAAUCCAUGGAAUUAUAGCCAUUACAUUAAGCAAUAGAAGAUCAGCAAUGACUUUAUUUUAAUUAGAUAAAAAUAUUUCUAUGUUUAAAAGAUAGAAA